AGAGCUCUAGGCUUCCCUUGGGACUAUUUCCAAGGUCCAGAAUCAACCACAACUUCUCAAGUUACCUGAGAGCAGAGCAGGGGCAGGGCCAGGACACCAGCAGAGGAGAAAGAGCUUAGCUAGCCAAGCUGAAGAAGACAGAGGUCACUAGGGACUACUAGAUCAUGGCAGCAGCAGCCGCCUGGAUCCUGGCACAGUAAAUGAUUUCCAGCAGCUUAAAGUAUUCAUCUGUGUGGGAUAUUGCAUAAAUCUUGGAAGACUGCAAUAAAGUGGCAAUGUCCCGGGAACCUACCCCACCUCUCCCUGGAGAUAUGUCUACUGGUCCUAUAGCAGAAAGCUGGUGUUAUACACAGGUUAAAGUAGUAAAAUUUUCCUACAUGUGGACCAUUAAUAACUUCAGCUUUUGUCGAGAGGAAAUGGGUGAAGUGUUAAAAAGUUCAACAUUCUCAUCUAGCCCCAGUGACAAAAUGAAAUGGUGCCUGAGGGUAAACCCAAAGGGAUUAGAUGAUGAAAGUAAAGACUACUUGUCCUUAUAUUUGCUUUUAGUCAGCUGCCCAAAAAGUGAAGUUCGAGCAAAAUUCAAAUUUUCCCUUCUAAACGCUAAAAGGGAAGAAACAAAAGCAAUGGAAAGCCAAAGAGCAUAUCGAUUUGUACAAGGGAAAGACUGGGGUUUUAAAAAAUUCAUUCGAAGGGAUUUUUUGCUUGAUGAAGCUAAUGGUCUUUUACCAGAUGACAAGCUUACAUUAUUUUGUGAGGUGAGUGUGGUCCAAGAUUCAGUAAAUAUAUCAGGACAUACUAAUACAAAUACUUUGAAGGUGCCUGAAUGUCGACUAGCAGAAGAUUUAGGUAAUCUCUGGGAAAACACAAGAUUUACAGAUUGCAGUUUUUUUGUGAGAGGACAAGAAUUUAAGGCUCAUAAAUCUGUACUUGCAGCUCGAUCCCCAGUUUUUAAUGCAAUGUUUGAACAUGAAAUGGAAGAAAGCAAAAAGAAUCGAGUGGAAAUAAAUGAUGUAGACCCUGAGGUUUUUAAAGAAAUGAUGAGAUUCAUUUACACAGGGAAAGCACCAAACCUUGAUAAAAUGGCUGACAACUUGUUGGCAGCUGCAGACAAAUAUGCACUGGAACGGCUGAAGGUCAUGUGUGAAGAAGCUUUGUGUAGUAACCUCUCGGUAGAAAAUGUUGCUGAUACCCUUGUCCUUGCAGAUUUGCACAGUGCAGAACAGUUGAAAGCACAAGCCAUAGACUUUAUUAAUAGGUGCAGUGUACUUCGACAACUUGGGUGUAAAGAUGGGAAAAACUGGAACAGCAACCAAGCAGCAGACAUAAUGGAAACAUCAGGGUGGAAGUCCAUGAUUCAGUCUCACCCUCAUUUAGUAGCAGAAGCCUUCCGAGCACUAGCAUCUGCACAAUGUCCACAGUUUGGCAUUCCACGCAAACGGCUAAAACAGUCCUGAAAUCUUCCAUGAACUGUAGAAAAAUGGAAUUGACUUUUACUCCUCCAGGUCCAGAAGGAUUCUAAUAACAAACCAUAAGCAAGAGUUGUUUCUGUUGUCUUGUCCACGAACAGAAGCUGAAAAAGCAUAUUGCUUGCAUUUCAGGUGGAUAAUUUAUGGUUUAUUCUUCAGCUUUAAAUUAGACUGAUUAUACUCUAAUUCACUUCAAGGCCUUAAAUUAUCUUCAAUGACUUCUCUUGUUCAUAUAAUACUUUAAUUUUUUUAUUGUGCCUUGUCAUUUUGACUAAGGCUAUGCAGGAUUGCACUAGCUCCAUAAUGCAGUAAUAUUGAUAACUGAAGAUAUUAAGUUUCAAAAGGAUCUUCCAUUAGUUUGAGAAAAGCAAAAUGAAUUUUAUAGGGUUUGUCCUAUGCUAUCUCAAAGUUUAAAACUAGGUUCUUCUUAAAAGCACUCGUAUUGGAGAUUACUGGUAAUGUCUCCAGUCUAAGUCCUAUACAUAUAGGAGAACCUGCUUACCUUCAAAGUAAGUUACGGCAAUACACUGCUUCAAUUCUAAUUUAUUUUUCAUUUCAGGGGGCAAAUAUGCAAUGAGUUGGCCCAAAUUUUUAGUAAAAUUUGGAUGUUUUUCUGUGUGUUGACUGUCCAGCCGACUAAGAGAAGCAUAACAAACCUUUGCUUGUGUUUCUUUGUGGGUUUGUUCAAGUUUACAAUGACUGAGAACUGAUUGAGGUUAAGAUUUCAAUAAAAAGAAAGCAUGUUUUGUGCUGAAUUAAUUUUUUUUUAAUUUGUAGUGACCUACAUUUAUAUGAAGAAUUCUGUCCAUGUUGAAAGUAAGGAUGACCAAAUGUAAAUUUAAUGAGUGGGCCAAUUAAGAAAGAUAUAUAUGCACUUUUCAUGUGUAACUUUUGUAUGCUAAAUGGUACAUAUAUUUUUUGUUUGUUUUUGAGGGUAUUAAUAAGGUAUAAUUAAUUGUGUCUUAACUUUUGCAAGAAUUUUUUAAGACUGAGGGAGGCAACUGGGAUGUUUGUGAUAAUAGAUAAGAAAGGUAUUCUUGAUUAUAGUUAAAUUGGUUUGAAUUUCAGAUAUUUAUUAUUGAAUUUACUCUGUCUUAUCCCACUUUGGAGAAGGCAAUUGAACAAUAAAAUUCUGGACACUCUACUCUCCUUCUAAAAAUAGUGAAUUGAUAUUUGCAGACUAAAGGAGAGAACCCUUGGAAAUAUGUUAGGCCACACUCUGAACCUUUUCCCCCCUAGCUUUCUCCUUUCUGUUUCAGUUACUGUACUAACAUUGUGGAUGAUACUGAAAUUCUGCAUAAUGUGAACAGGAUAAACUAUUUAUAAACUGCU